GUCGUUUUUUGAGGCGGGUGCUGCUGAGUUGUAUUUGAGCAAGUAGUUCAGGGAUUGGCUUGGCUAGUAAGGGCAUAGAAGGAAGUUAAUGAAAGAGCUUUGUUUGGAUGAUUUCCAACCCUUGGGGGGAAACCCAGUGCUGAAAGUUCAGCAGCCAAGUUCCUGUUUCUCUGAUCAGAGACUCACUCGGAGGCAGCAGUGGUGCUGGAACCAGAUACUAGGCAAGGAGCAGAGAAAGACCCCCAGAGCACGAGCUGUCAAGGGACAGAGAGCCAGAUCAAUUCUCCAGGAAGUGCACCAACAAGAUGGACAGGCCAUGCAGAUCCCAUGGCUGGAAGGUCUCCUGGAAGAUGCUGCCCUUAGCAGCCUCCGUCCUGAGUUCCUGUUUCCUGUUGACUCGAGGCCAGGAGACAACUGGAAUAAGGAUCAGAGUUGUUCCAGAAGUGCUGAAAGAAGGAGAGAGUGUCACCUUAACACCAGAAGGUCUUGAUCUGAAGAAUAUUGCCAGCUGCAAAUGGUACAGAGGGGCAGUUGAAGAAAGAAACAUGAUUAUUUCAUUUUUCAGACCUCCAUUUAGUGGCGAGACCAAGGGACCUGCCCACACUGGCAGGGAAACUGUGAAGCCAGAUUUCUCCCUUUACAUCACAGAUUUAAAGCCAGAUGACUCUGGAAUCUAUUCAUUUAAACCAGAAGGUCCUGGGGUUACCAGCACAGGGGCUACAAACAUCACCGUUUCAGGAGAGGUACGUAAUGUGACCAUUUCCGGCCCCUCUAAUGCCAAAGAAAACGAUAGUGUCACUUUGAACUGCAAUUCUGCUGGCACCAAUGUUUCGUAUUACUGGCUGAAGGGAAGCCAGCUGAUUGAAGGAGGUGGUCAUAUCUCUUUAGACAACAACAACCAGAGGCUCAUUCUCAACCCAGUCACCAGGAACGAUGAGGCCAACUACACCUGCUUUGGGAACAACAGCUUCUCUGAAAGUUCCAGUGAGCCACAUUGGCUGCAAAUCUUCUACGGGCCCGACAUCCCCACAAUCAACCCUCAGGAGCCAGUUUAUAGAGACCAAUCCACCCUUAACCUCUCGUGUUCUGCCAACUCCAACCCACCUGCCAAUUAUUCUUGGUAUCAUAAUGAGAAACUUCUGGAAGCUCAGAAUGAGUCCCAACUCCUGAUCUCGCACCUUUCUCUAAAUGAUGCCGGCAAUUAUACUUGUAAUGCCACCAAUGAUGCCACCGGCCUUUUCAGCCACACCAGCCUGGAGAUCAGCGUCCUGGGAGAGGUACGUAAUGUGACCAUUUCCGGCCCCUCUAAUGCCAAAGAAAACAAUAGUGUCACUUUGAACUGCAAUGCUGCUGGCACCAAUGUUUCGUAUUACUGGCUGAAGGGAAGCCAGGUGAUUGAAGGAGGAGGUCAUAUCUCUUUAGACAACAACAACCAGAGGCUCAUUCUCAACCCAGUCACCAGGAACGAUGAGGCCAACUACACCUGCUUUGGGAACAACAGCUUCUCUGAAAGUUCCAGUGAGCCACAUUGGCUGCAAAUCUUCUACGGGCCCGACAUCCCCACAAUCAACCCUCAGGAGCCAGUUUACAUAGAGCACUUCCCCCUUAACCUCUCGUGUUCUGCCAACUCCAACCCACCUGCCAAUUAUUCUUGGUAUCACAAUGAGAAACUUCUGGAAGCUCAGGACGAGUCCCAACUCCUGAUCUCGCAUCUUUCUCUAAAUGAUGCCGGCAAAUAUACUUGUAAUGCCACCAAUGAUGCCACCGGCCUUUUCAGCCACACCAGCCUGGAGAUCAGCGUCCUGGGAGAGGUACGUAAUGUGACCAUUUCCGGCCCCACUAAUGCCAAAGAAAACGAUAGUGUCACUUUGAACUGCAAUGCUGCUGGCACCAAUGUUUCGUAUUACUGGCUGAUGGGAAGCCAGCUGAUUGAAGGAGGAGGUCAUAUCUCUUUAGACAACAACAACCAGAGGCUCAUUCUCAACCCAGUCACCAGGAACGAUGAGGCCAACUACACCUGCUUUGGGAACAACAGCUUCUCUGAAAGUUCCAGUGAGCCACAUUGGCUGCAAAUCUUCUACGGGCCCGACAUCCCCACAAUCAACCCUCAGGAGCCAGUUUACAUAGAGCACUUCCCCCUUAACCUCUCGUGUUCUGCCAACUCCAACCCACCUGCCAAUUAUUCUUGGUAUCAUAAUGAGAAACUUCUGGAAGCUCAGAACGAGUCCCAACUCCUGAUCUCGCACCUUUCUCUAAAUGAUGCCGGCAAAUAUACUUGUAAUGCCACCAAUGAUGCCACCGGCCUUUUCAGCCACACCAGCCUGGAGAUCAGCGUCCUGGGAGAUGUACGUAAUGUGACCAUUUCCGGCCCCUCUAAUGCCACAGAAAACGAUAGUGUCACUUUGAACUGCAAUUCUGCUGGCACCAAUGUUUCGUAUUACUGGCUGAAGGGAAGCCAGCUGAUUGAAGGAGGAGGUCAUAUCUCUUUAGACAACAACAACCAGAGGCUCAUUCUCAACCCAGUCAACAGGAACGAUGAGGCCAACUAUACCUGCUUUGGGAACAACAGCUUCUCUGAAAGUUCCAGUGAGCCACAUUGGCUGCAAAUCUUCUACGGGCCUGACAUCCCCACAAUCAACCCUCAGGAGCCAGUUUACAUAGAGCACUUCCCCCUUAACCUCUCGUGUUCUGCCUACUCCAACCCACCUGCCAAUUAUUCUUGGUAUCAUAAUGAGAAACUUCUGGAAGCUCAGAACGAGUCCCAACUCCUGAUCUCGCACCUUUCUCUAAAUGAUGCCGGCAAAUAUACUUGUAAUGCCACCAAUGAUGUCACCGGCCUUUUCAGCCACACCAGCCUGGAGAUCAGCGUCCUGGGAGAGGUACGUAAUGUGACCAUUUCUGGCCCCUCUAAUGCCAAAGAAAACGAUAGUGUCACUUUGAACUGCAAUUCUGCUGGCACCAAUGUUUCGUAUUACUGGCUGAAGGGAAGCCAGCUGAUUGAAGGAGGUGGUCAUAUCUCUUUAGACAACAACAACCAGAGGCUCAUUCUCAACCCAAUCACCAGGAACGAUGAGGCCAACUACACCUGCUUUGGGAACAACAGCUUCUCUGAAAAUUCCAGUGAGCCACAUUGGCUGCAAAUCUUCUACGGGCCCGACAUCCCCACAAUCAACCCUCAGGAGCCAGUUUACAUAGAGCACUUCCCCCUUAACCUCUCGUGUUCUGCCAACUCCAACCCACCUGCCAGUUAUUCUUGGUAUCAUAAUGAGAAACUUCUGGAAGCUCAGAACGAGUCCCAACUCCUGAUCUCGCACCUUUCUCUAAAUGAUGCCGGCAAAUAUACUUGUAAUGCCACCAAUGAUGUCACCGGCCAUUUCAGCCACACCAGCCUGGAGAUCAGCGUCCUGGGAUAUGUCACUAAUAUCACCAUCAGUGACUCUGGCAAGGCCAUCGAGAAUAGCACCACAGUUCUGCACUGCACCUCCGCAGGCACUAACGUUUCCUACUCUUGGUUAAGAGGGAACGAGAGCCUGGUGGUUGGAGAGCGCAUUUCUCUGAGCAACAACAACCAGGUCCUCACAUUCAAUCCAACGAGCCGGAAUGACUCGGACAGCUACAGCUGCUAUGGAUAUAACAGCUUCUCUAAUGACAGCACCUCAUACUUGCUGAAUGUUUUGUAUGGGCCUGAUGUCCCUGAAAUUGGCCCCAGUGAGCACUAUUACGCAGAGGGCUCCAACCUCACUCUCUCCUGCACUGCUGACUCCAACCCAGCUGCGCAAUACACCUGGAGUUUCAAUGAGACAUCAGACAUAGGGUCCGCCUCCCAGCUUUCUAUCCACAAUCUGCAGUUCCACCACAGUGGGAAUUACACCUGCAAGGCUUUCAACAAUGAAACCAAUGCUAGCUCCACCUCUGCAAGCCGGGAGAUCUGGGUACUAGCGGAGGUUUCUGACGUUACCAUUAUGGGUUUGUCGGAAGCCAUUGAGAACAAGUCGCUGAUUCUGACUUGCACCUCCGUUGGCAGCGAGGUCUCUUACUAUUGGUUCAGAGGGAAUCAGAGCCUGGAGGAUGGAGGUCAUAUAUCUCUGAGUCAUGAUAACCAAAACCUCACAAUAAACCCGGUCAGCCGGUCCGAUACAGGUUCCUACACCUGCCUUGGAGUCAACAGAAUCAGCAAUAACACCAGUACCCCCUUCGAACUGACAGUGUUCUAUGGGCCUGAUGAUCCUGUAAUCAGCCCCAAAAUCAAUACUUACCGUACGGGAUCCAGCCUCAACCUCAGCUGCAGUGCCGACUCCCACCCGCCGCCUCAAUACACUUGGAUUUUUAAAGAGGGAAUAAUUGGGAACACCUCUGAGCUGUUGAUCUCGAAUCUGACUCUCAACGACACUGGGGAUUAUACCUGCAGUGCUUUCAAUGUUGAGACUAAUCUCAGCAAAAGUGCAAGCCUCCUUGUUGAGGUGUAUGAAACCCUCUCCAAUCCAGUCCUGUGGCCUGCAGAAGCCAUAGUGGCAGAGAACGCAAGCGUCUCCUUGCAGUGUAACACCUCCAACCGCCUCGAUGUCAACGUCACCUGGUUCAAGGACAGUAACCCUGUCCUAGAUAAGGCUGUGCUUUUCAACAGGAACCGAAACCUCACUCUAACUGCCGUCUCCAAAGAUGAGGAAGGGAUGUAUACAUGUAAAGCUACCAACCCUGUCAGCAAAGCCACAAGCAACCCCAGUAAGAUUAGCUUGGCAUAUGGGCCAAAUAACGUUAAGCUGAACCAAACAGGAACCGUAACUCUAAAACUAGGUUCCCGUUUGGCUCUGCUGUGUACUGCAGAGUCCCUACCCGAAGCCCAGUUUCGGUGGUUUUUCAAUCAUACUAAUAUGAAUGUGACGGCGAACACCUUCAGCACAGACUUAACAGCCUGGGAAGAUGGAGGCAAUUACACCUGCCAGGCUUACAACAGCGUCGUUAAGAAGCUGGCCUCAGCAUCUGUCAAUGUGAAAUUGACAACGCAGGAAUCAACUCCACCAGGUUCGGGUCUCACUCCAGGACAAAUUGUUGGAAUUGUCAUAGGUUGUGUGCUUGGAGUAGCACUCAUUGGAGGUCUGGGAUAUUUCCUGUUCACCAAGACUGCCUUGGGGAGGACGGAACAACACUCAUCUAAUGGAAACAUACCCUCAGCUCCCGGCCGCAACCAGGGCGUCACUGACACCAAACCCACACCGGGUGAAGAGGACAUACAAUAUUCAACACUAGCCUUCAAGGCCAACCACCCUCCUCAGCCACAGCCAGCGGCCACCCGGCCUUUGGAAAGCAACAUAAUAUACUCAGAAAUCAAGAAGAAAUGAUCAGAGAUGAAUCUCCCCUAAUGGGCUCACCAGUGCAAACAUCCUCUAUGACUCACCUCUGCUUCAUUUGCCUGGAUUUUAUUUUGGUUGGGGGGGGGUUAAAAAAAACUGUUGCCUCUUCUGAAGAUAAGACUAUCGGUCCCUCCCUUACACACACACAACACACACACACACAGAGACCCCUCAAGUGGUUCUCCUCUACCAACCCGCCGAGCUGAAAACAAAAAAAGGAGAAGUUUGUCUCCACGCCCUGCCACCUGCUGUAAUUGAGGGUAGGGUUUGGAAUGGAACCAAACCGUUUGAAAGCCAGGCCUUUCUUCCACCCACCCUGCCGUGGCUGGCAUGCAUGACAAGAGGGAGGCUGUUUCAUCCUCGGAUCUGUGUGGGGAGAAACUAGAAACAUUUUAGAUACCUCUUUUCCCUUUCGCUCGCUCUCUCUCUCUCUCUCUCUUCCCAUCCUGCUAUCGUUUCGCUUCCUGGCUGUGCCAAACCUCCCCUCUUUCUCCUGUCCCUCGGGUUGUGGUGUCGCUAGGCAGCGGUGUGGCUGCUGCUCCCUCAGGCCUACCCCAGACACCACAAGCCCUCCCUGAGGGAGCUGGAUUCCAGGCACCGGCGAAGAAAGAGCUCAAUAUCCGGGAAAGUGUGCACUGGGAAACAGGCUGGUGUGGCAGCUGUGUCCAGGGCCAGCCUGGACUGGAGAGGACCUUCGCUCCUGAUGCCUCCAUCUGACUCCAGAUACUUCUGAGCUUAAUUCUUUUUUGAGGAGGCAUAAAACUUGCUUGGGGGUCAGGCCAGACCCGUGGACCCCUCUUACUGUCCAGAAUGAACUGGCAACAUCUCAACAAGACAGCAAACACCCCUUGCCCUGCAGUCUGGCUUUCGGCUUCAGCUAUUCUUUUGCUCGUGUGAAUUUGAAAGUGCCCUAUGUGUGGAUAUGGAACUCGGGGUGACAUGUGGGUGGGAGGGAGGAUUUGUGGUGGCAAAGCCAUAAUUAUUUCCCCUCUACCUUGUGCCUUGUAUUUUCCCCUCUCCACCACCACCACCCUAUUUCUCGUGAUUAACAACCAAAUUCAGUCUAUAACAGAAGGAGCAAGAUGCUUUUGCAGAGCAGAUUGGUUAAGCACAUCAGGGCUGCUAUAGAACAUGGGGUGAGUUGAGGCGUCUUGAGUAGAUUCCCUUCCAUGUUUCUCCAGCUAUGUGGUGUCUAGAAAUGGAAGAGAACUGUGCCAAAUGUCUGGAGGCUUAGAGCACUGGAUAGGGGUUAGGAAGCCACCACUCGUGGAAGAGGAAGAGAUCCGAUGUCUCCCCGUGUCCCCUGGGCGACCGCAGAGCCAGUGGGCAAAGCACUGGGGUCGGUUGCAAGAACCGUGACGCUCGCUGAGCAGCCUUGAGCAAGUUAACCACCCCUCAGACUAACCUCCUUUGCAGAAUCGUUGUGGGGCUAUAGUAAGAUAAGGCUAUAACAAUAAUCAAUUCCUGGAGCCAGCAGGGGGGGGGGGACAGGGUCUCAGGAGAUUAAUUUAUUUUAAUUGCAGGUGUAGAAUCAGGGACAGGGGGUUCUGCAUUCUAGAUUAGCUCAAUGCCCACGCUGCAAAGAAAUGUCUCAGAAAGGGCAGGCGAACUGCAAAAUUCAACGAAGUGUGGCGAGGAAGAAUGGAGGAGGACGCUUAGCAGGGAGCAGUUGUCCGUUUUGCUUCAAACAUCAGCACCGGUUUUGCAACUAGCCAGCUUUUAGCUAAUGGGGCAGACAUGCCAGGCACUGUUGAUGUUAGCCUGAGCCAAAGGCAGACCUCGUAAAAUCUCUGAUAGGAACGAGAGGGGAAUCCCGUGCCUUCUGCUCCCUCGUUGUGUUUUGGGUGUGCGUUUUCCUCCUCCACCACCCCACGCCGAAAGUUUGUCAUCUUCGACUGAGAGUGCCCCUCUGCUGCGAUAGCAUCUCGUACACUCUGGGCCUCGCUAAUCGCUGGGUGUGGCUGGAAGACGGCAUGUAUUCACGUUAAGCUUCAGGACGGAAGGACAAUGGAGCAGUGUUUGGAACAAGCGCUGGGCUCAUCAUGCCCCAGUUAACCCAUGCGUCGUCUCCCAUCUUGAGGAGGCCUGGCACAGUCGUCUGCAAUGAAGGAACCCCCACAAAAGAAAGCUUGUCUCCCUCUUGCAUCCGGUUGGCACCGGGCCUUUGGAAUGAUUACUCGGUGUCCUGCGGGACAGGAGAAGCGGUGAAGACCGCUCAGAUAUGAGCGAGAGUGCAGAAUUGGAGAUGGAACGCAAAGCUGAUGAUUGUGGAAAUUUGGGCUGUUAUUCUGGUUGUAAAAUGAUGAAUAAUUUUGUUUUUAAUAAUAAUGAUAAUAAUAAAUUGAGAAUGGAAAAGA